UCACUACAGAUUCGGUCAAUAAUGUAUAAUUUUCGGCAUGAUUAUAAAAAAAGACCAUUUGGCUUUGGAAAUAUAGAUGAGGGUCGGUUUAUUCGAGCAAGAAGAAACGAAGAAUCGCGUAAAAGACAAAGAACUAGCAAUUUUAAUUCGAACAGAAAACUACCAGAGUCCUUUUUUAAAACACAAGAAAAAAAAGUGAAAUCAAGUUCUGUAAAAGAAGAUCGAAUGAGUAGGUUAGUAAAAUGGAAAGCUGAACGUGAAAAAGUUAAAAAGUUUGAACAAGCUAAGAAAAAGCCACCUUUUAUUGUUGGAUUAGUACAUCACAAAAUAUAUUCACCACUCAAUAAAGAUACAAAGAAUAUAGUAUGUAAUCAUCAGUCGAAAAGAAUUACAAGAGCAACAAAAAAGAAUUUAAUUAAUACAUUUGCAAAGAAAGUAAAUUCAGAAGAUUUAAAUAAGAAUUCAAAAAAUAUAACUAAGGAAGCCAAAACAAGUCGAGCAAGUCGAAAUAGGAAUGAUCUAUCUUUUAUUAAUAAAAUUGCUACAGAAUUCCCAAAAGUACCUUUAUUUGGCAGGGUACCAUUGUACAGUAUGUCACCAGCUACAGUAAUGCCUUUAAUUAAACAAAGGUCAAUGGCAAGGAAUAGAAAAAGUAAUGAGGAAUUUAAUGUUAAUAUUAUGAAAGACAGUCCUAGAAAAUGUAGAUUAUCAAAGUUAUCAUUUGAUGGCAAAAGAGCCUUUAAUUUACGUAAUAGUACUACUAAUAAUAAAAAUGACAACAAAGUAGCAAAACCGAUACAAAACCAAACAAUAAAAUCAACACAAAACAGAACCAAUACAAAAACACGUUCUUCUCCAAAUUAUAAUAUAUCUAUAGUACAGUCAAAUUCUCAAAGUAAACAAGCUUCUUUUUCACCUUAUAUUGUUUCUAGACGUGGAAUAAACAAUGCUAGCAAAGAAGAACUAAAACGUGGUCUUAAUCCUGAUUGUUCAUUAAAUGAUGAUACUCCUACAAAGGAUACUGUCAUGAAAAAUUUAAAUAGAGAAGCAAAUAGAUUAAAUAAAUUACAUGAAAAAUGGAUGAAGCCAAUCACUAAAAAGAAAACCACUGAUAGAAAGAAAGUUGUAGCUACUAAAUCAAGUGAACUUAUAUGUGAUUUAAACCGAGUUCUAAGAAAUAAAUAUGGAAAGAAUGAAAGUCGUAAAAUUGUAAAAUAUAAAACAAAAUCUAUAUCUAUUGAUUCAAACAAAAAGAAAGUUGCACCUAUGGAACAUGGUAAAAGAUUAAGUUUACUGCGAAAUGUACGAUUAUCUAAAACAAUAAAUAAAACAAAAAGUCCCUUAACAAUAAUGAAAAUAAGUAAAAUGCGUAAAAUACCCAAGGUUCAGUUAAAUGAUUCAAUAUCUUACAUCAAUUCUAAUCAAACCCCUAAGGGAAGUACAUUGAAACAACAAAAGAAAUUACAUAACAUAGUAUAUGGAAUGAAAUCAACAAAUGAAGUGAAUGUUAAUGAUCCUAUUGCUCUAAAUAAAGUAUCAGUUAAUGAAGAAAGAAAUACAAAAUUAGAUUUAGCUGUAGUAUUGUCAAGAAUAGAUGAUUAUGACAAUAUAUUGAAAGAAAAGGUAGAGAAAAAUGUUGAUACGAGUAACAAAGAAGACAUGGAGGAACAUAAUUCAGCAACAAAAGUUCUGCGAAAUAGAAUUGUUACUUCAACAGAUACUCCUAUAACUAAAAAGAGAUCCUUCAGAAAACUGGAUAUUAAUCUAAAAGAAUUGGAGCAUAAAGAAAAUAAAACUCCUUUAGAAAAGAGAAAAACUAGAACUAUUCUUAAGCGUGACAUUAAAAAUAAUGAAAAGACAGAUAUAGAUAAUUUUGAUAAUAAUAUAUCUUCAAACAAAACUAGUGGCAUGAGAAGAUCUACUAGAAAAAAGGAGCACAGUGAUUGUGAAACAUAUAAGGAAACAUUACUUAUGACUCCUUAUGCUAGAAAGAAAAUAUAUUCCAAUAACAAAGAAUAA